GCUGGGUGCUGAGUCCCACAGGCCAUAGCAAUCCCAGGCGCUUCUAUUUAUUUAUUUAUUUAUUACUUGGUAGCAUGGUUAGAAAUCAGAUUUUCUAGCAGGUCAAACUGCAGCAAGAAUCGCGCGCGGGAGCAGGAGCCUGCUAGAUGUUCGUGCCUCGGCACGAGACCACGCGUUCUCGAUGCCCAGCGUUGCUGGAGCAAGGUCAGCGUUGGUGGCAUGACGUGGCACCGCCGUUCGCCCGGACACGAUGCCAGCGCCCAGCACCAAACAGAACACUCCCUCCAGGCCUCCAGCUUAAAAGCGCCCCACCACCGCUCAAGGCGCUUACUCAACUCAAAUCCGGUAGAUUCUUGGUGUUGCAUUGCAACAUUCUAAACCACGCUGCCAGCUCCACCGUGCCGGCCGCCACCUCGUUCGUGUGUCUCAAAGCCCCGCGUCCACCAUGGCUUCGGCACGGCACACGCUGCUCCUCGCGGCCGCGAUGUCGGCGCUCGCCGUCUCCAGCGGAGACACGGCGUCGGAGCUGAUGAUCUCGAUCAUCCACGCGCGCGUGGCGGCGGAGUGGGCGUGGCCGGGGGCCGGGGCCGCGGCUUCUUCCGACGACUCGUGCUGGGGCUCGUCGCCGGAGGAGUGCCCCGUCUAUUACGGCGUGGACGCCGAAGGCGGCGCCGCGCCGUGUGGCCGGAUGCGCCUGCUACUGUACUACGACGUGGACACCGCGGCCAGCCUGCUGCCCACGGCGCAGUACAUCAGCUACAGCGCGCUGAUGCCGGACUCGGUGCCGUGCUCCGUGCCGGGGGCGUCCUACUACAACUGCCAGCCGGGCGCCAAAGCCAACCCCUAUACGCGCGGCUGCUCGGCCAUCAACCAGUGCCGCGAGUAGCUGACUUUGCUCUCUUCUUCUUCUUCUUCUUCUUC